AUGAAGCCAAUCACAUCUACCUCUUUGCUGUUCCUGUUAGGGCUUGCCUCGUCGCUCGCCCAAGAUACCACGCAACCAUCGCCUGACACAGUGUCUCUGACUUCAGCAUCAGGUGCGGCUUCAACGACUGGGAUCAGCCCUGAAAUCGAAAAGAAUCGCGCCGAAUGUUUCCAAGACUGCUACAGAAAGUACGGAAGCUUUCCUAGCUGCUCCCUUGGCAAGGACAAGUUCUUUGAGUGCUGGUGCGGCGAGGAUGAUUGGGUAGAGAGGGAAGAGGACUGUGUGUGGGAUGUGUGUGGAGUUGAUGCCUACAACAGUUAUGGCGACAUACAAAGGAGCCUUUGCGCAAAGGUCGAAACUCCCUCGGGCAAGGCCUCUAAGACGGCGACUUUAACCUCAACCGAAGAGCAGCCCACCCAGACCUCCGCUGGUUCUGAGACGACAAGCUCUGCUUCUACUCAAACGGACUCAUCGACUUCCGAAACUGGCAGCAGUUCCACGUCUAGGACUGUUUCCAGUAAUAGCUCCACUGCAACCCAAGAGGAGACAAGCCAAGCCACCCAAGAACCAAAUGGCAGCGUGGCUGGCUUGACUUCUGGUGCCAAGGCAGGACUGGUUGUAGGCGUCACGUAUCUUGUUUUGAUGAUUCUCUAG